AUGGAUACCUCUCUACCGUCCUGCAGGUUGCACCAGACCUCGACACACUGGGGAGGACAAGACAGAGGGGAAAAGCAAAGACUCUGCUCAAGCAGGAGUUUGGCUGACUCCGGAUCCCCUAAAAAACAUCAGGGAGCUCAGAAAAUAAGGUCGUAUGACUGCUUUCGGUGCGGGAGAAGUUACUCUAAUUCUUCGCACCUCAGUCGCCAUCAGAAAACUCAUUCCGAAGAGAAACCUUACCUCUGCUCAGAUUGUGGGAAAGCGUUUAUAGAGUUGAGUAAAAUGAAUGAACACAAGAGAGUUCACUCUGGAGGUAAUAAAUCUUAUAAUGUUACAUGCCCACAAUGUGGGAGACGUUUUUCCAAUCCAUCUAACCUCAUUCGUCAUCAGAAAACUCAUACUGGAGAUAAACCUUAUAUGUGCCUGCAGUGUGGGAAAAGUUUCUCCAGUGCAUCAAAUCUCACUCGCCAUCAGAAAAAUCAUAGCGAAGAGAAGCCUUACUGUUGCUCAGCUUGUGGGAAAGCCUUUUCUAAGUUGAGUAAAAUGGAAGAACACCAGAGAAUCCACACUGGAGAGAAGCCUUAUGUGUGCCUGCAGUGUGGGAAAGGUUUCUCAAAGCCAUCGUUUCUCACUAGUCAUCAGAAGAGUCAUACUGAAGAGAAAUCUUACUGCUGCUCAGAUUGUGGGAAAGACUUUUGCAAUGGGACUAGAUUGAGAUUACACCAAAGAGUCCACACUGGAGAGAAGCCUUAUAAAUGUACAUCUUGUGGGAAAAGGUUCACCUUCAUGAACGGUCUUACAGUACACCAGAGGAUUCACACUGGAGAGAAACCGUAUCCUUGCACAGAGUGUGGAAAGAGAUUUACUACCUCAAGUGCUGUAAUAAGUCAUCGCAAAGUGCACAGUAAAGACAAACCGUAUGUCUGCACACAGUGUGGGAGUAGGUUUGCGAGAUUAGCUGAAUGGAAAACCCAUAACAGGCUUCACACUGGAGAGAAACCUUACCAUUGCACUCAGUGUGACAAACUUUUUUCUCAGCCUUCUCAUCUAAAAACUCAUUUGAGGAUGCAUGCUGGAGAGAAGCUCUUUCACUGCACACAUUGUAACAAAGACUUUUCUCAGAGUAGCCAUCUGAAGGUCCACCUGAUGAUACACACUGGGGAAAAGCCUCAUCAGUGCCCUCAGUGUGGAAAGUCUUUUGCCUUAUCGGGCACUCUUAAGUGUCACCUCAGAGUCCACACUGGAGAGAAACCGUACCCCUGCUCUGAAUGUGGAAAGUGCUUUUCUCAGUGUAGUGAACGUAACACUCACGAACGAAAAAAGAACUGUAGUAACUCAGAUGGCCUUCAAAGACAUCUGAAAAUACAGGGAAAACGCUGAUGGAUUCGUCAGUGGCCACUCAAUGUAUUACUUUUCGUUUACAACAAUGUGUUUUGCAAAGAGAGAAUGACUUGGCAUUUAGUCAGAAUACCAUGAAGGUUCUAAUGUGAUGUUUGUUUAUCUUAUCUAAUUUGAUAAGGUCUUAUGAUUUACCCUGGUUACUUGUUUUCAUUUAUUAAUUUGGUCCCUGCACAUAUAUUGCACACAUAUCCAUAUAUAUAUAUAUAUAUAGGCUAUAUUAUUAAGAUACAAGAUUUUAAAUGCAUCAUCACCCCCUAAAAUAUCUGUAUUGCUUAUCUGUAGAUCUAUUUUGUUCUAUUUUUGUUCUAUACAAUAUGUGUGAUCCAUUUGUGUCCUCAGUAUAUAUUAUAUAGAAAAAUACACAGCUGUUGCAAGGUUUGGAAUCACAAUAAUGUCAAUUUGAAAGAAAACAUUUUUUUUUAUAAAUAACCUUGGUUUAGGAUUGAUGGUUAGAAUUAUUUAAAAAAAAAAAAAAAAUUGUCUAUCUAUGUGAUAUAAAAAGCCGCCCAUCAUACCUGUCUUUCAUUAAAGCAUGGUGUUAACUAAUUGCCACCAGCUUUUUGAUGUAACCUUGCAGUGCUGUUCAAGUCAGCUUCAUAAAUCACAUGAGCAGCGAUAGAAAGACAUUUUGCUAGAAAUACAUCUUUAUUUCUGAUUCAGAUUAUUUUAUGAAGUCAACAAUUAUUAGUAAUCAUUUGAAAGUCUUUGAAGCAAAAAUGAAUGUAGUUCAGGAACAAAUAAAAUGAUGAAAAUAAACAAACGAGAGAAAUACAUCUGCUGCAUUACUUGUUUUAAGAACCAAUUCGCAAACAAUAAAGACAACA